ACCAACCAACCAACCAAAAGAAACAGCAACAACAACAACAAAUAGGUAAAAACGCAGUUGCAACUUGCAUUAGCUGAUAAGUAGCUGGGCAGAGCAGACAACAAAGUAAUACAACAAAGUAAUAAACAUUAACAAUUGCCAACCGCCACUUUACCAACCCCCGACAACGCCCCCGACCCCCCAAAAAGAGCAGUGUGAGGAGGCGUUCAAGAGGGAACUGAGGAACACACACACACACACUCACACAGAAAGUGUGUGUGUGUGAGAGAGAGCAAAAAGAGAGUGCGCGAAGAAGUAAACAAAUAGAUUUACACAAAGCCAAGAGGAAAGACAAACAGAGAGAAAGACGCAGAGAGUUGAAGCUCACCACAACAGAACGUGCAAGAGAGACAGAGGGAGAGCAAGCAAAAAGCUUUAUGCAGCAACGACAACAACAACAACAAAAUAAUAAGAAACAGCGCAAAAUAUAGAGUAUAAAAUGGAUGCAUAUAUGAAAAACAACACCGGCGGCCCAGAGGAUGCGACGUCAGCGUCAUCGUCAACAUCAACGACAACGACGUCGGCGAACGUUAAAGAUCUCAAAACAGACAUUCCCUACUUUGACGAUUCGUCGUUGUCUAGGCCAUCAGAAGCAUCCAAGCAAAAAGUAAUGGGACGACGACAGGACGAUGGCGAUGAUGGUGAGGGCUUUGAUCCAUCAUUAUUGUUCCCGCCACAGAGCAAAACCGAAUGCGAUAUAGAUGAAUAUACGCCAGCUGGAUGGGCCGAAGUCGAUGCUGAUAACCAGGAUGCAGACGAGAAUUAUGCCGAGGAUAAUGGCUCAGCAAUGGGAUCUGAAUAUGCGGCCAGUGGAAGUGCCGCCAAUAGUUACUAUCAAUCGCCGACACCCUCCAAUAGUGACCUAAUGCUUAGGCCGCCAUCGAACACAAAUUUCCAUUAUAAUUAUCCAUCGCCAGGCUCAGCAUCAUCAGCGAUGUCAGCGGCGGGAGCGGGAGCGGGGGAUAGUAAUGGAUUACCAAUGCCUCUGCAAAUGCAACAAUUGGCUGGACCAACUGGUGGAGGAGGAGGAGGAGCAGCAGGCAUGUCGAGGCAUGGUCCCUUUACACAUUCCCAAGGACAAUUGGGUCCACCUGCGCCAGCAUUCUAUCCAAAUAUGUGGUAUCCCAAUGCACCCUAUGGAACAGGGGGCGGUGGUGGUUCUUCCAGCAGUAGUGGGCCCAGUGGUGGACCAUAUGGACGUUAUUAUGGCCCUGGACAAGGCGGUGCCGGUGCUGGGGGUCCAUUUGGUGCACCACAUUUGCAUCCACAUGCACUACAUCCGCAUCAUCCGCAACAUCAUCCACAUCAUCCGCAGCAUCAUCCAUCGGCACAUCAUCUGCAUCAUCAUGGGCCGCCGCCACCACCAACGGCUCUGCAUUCGCAUCAUUCUCAUCCUCAUGGCCAUCAUCCUCAUCAUACGCAUCCACAUCCGCACGGCCACCACCCGCACGAGACCAUGAUGGAGAUGUUCCAGCUCUCAAAUAGUGGUCGCGAGGCCAGAAAUCGUGCAGAGAAAAAUCGUCGCGAUAAAUUGAAUGGAUCCAUACAAGAGCUAUCCACAAUGGUGCCCCAUGUGGCAGAGUCACCGCGUCGUGUAGAUAAGACCGCAGUUUUGCGCUUUGCUGCCCAUGGCCUUAGGUUAAAGUAUGCCUUUGGGAAAACAUUGCAUCAACCGAGACCACAGAUAACGGACACAUUGAUGACCAUGCUGGAUAGCUUCUUUCUAACACUGACCUGUCAUGGCCAAAUAUUGUUGAUAUCGUCGAGCAUUGAACAGCAUUUGGGUCAUUGUCAGACGGAUUUGUAUGGCCAGAGUAUAAUGCAGAUAACCCAUCCCGAGGAUCAGAAUAUGCUCAAGCAACAAUUGAUACCCACCGAGCUGGAGAAUCUCUUUGAUGCCCAUACCGAUUCGGAUGCUGAUGGUGAGCCGCGUCAGCGUAGCAAAACGGAAGAGGAUUAUAUUGAUCGCAAAUUGCGCGAAGAUAAACGCAGUUUUCGUGUGAGAUUGGCUCGUGCCGGACCAAGAUCAGAGCCAACCGCCUAUGAGGUGGUUAAAAUUGAUGGCUGCUUUCGCCGCAGUGAUGAAGCACCGCGUGGUGUACGCUCAAAUACGUUUAGCUCUAGUCUACAAUUGAUACGAAGGACACGUGGUCGAGAUGAUGCCAUACCUUUGCAUACAAUCAGUGGCAAUGAUAUUGUACUGACAGCCUGUGCUCGAAUAAUACGUCCUCCAAAGAUCAUCAGUCGUCUGGUUGAUGCCAAUACAUUGGAAUAUAAGACACGUCAUCUUAUCGAUGGCCGUAUCAUUGAUUGCGAUCAGAGAAUUGGCAUUGUUGCCGGUUAUAUGACCGAUGAGGUGCGCAAUUUAAGUCCAUUCACAUUCAUGCACAAUGAUGAUGUACGCUGGGUGAUUGUGGCCCUUCGACAAAUGUAUGACUGUAAUAGCUCAUAUGGCGAGUCAACUUAUAGACUCUUUACCAGAAAUGGCAACAUUAUUUAUUUGCAAUCAAAGGGUUAUCUAGAGAUUGACAAGGAAACGAAUAAAGUUCACUCAUUUGUCUGUGUCAAUACAUUGCUGGACGAAGAGGAGGGCAAGAGGCGUGUACAAGAAAUGAAAAAGAAAUUCUCAGUGAUCAUUAAAACACAAAUACCAACACAAUCGGCCAUUGAUGUCCCAGCAUCAGAGCAUCCAGCCCAAUUGGAGAAGGCUGUGUUACGUUUAAUACAGAAUCAACAUCAUGGCAGCAGCAGCAGUUCCAUGUCGCAGGCUCGUCUAAAUGCCACACACCAUAGCAUGAGCAGCUCCAAGACUCCACCUUUGGCCUUAGUGCCACCGGAAACGGCAUCCGUCAAGUCAUCCAUAUUUAAUAGUGUUAAUGUGGUCAAUAUAACAGCAGCCAAACAUUUGCGUGGCAUUCACUCAAAUUCAGUUAAAUCACCCAAUUCCUCCGAGCCAAUUCCACAGACACCAGUUGCCCGUGUUGGUGCUAGUUCUGGUGGUUGCACUUGCUCAACAUCCACAGCUAGUGGAACUGACAAAGAUUGUGAUUAUUGUCAGAAUCCUUUGACACCAGACACCAUACCAGCUCCAAGUUUGAAACGUAGCAGCACAGCGGCAGCUUUAACCGCCCCCGAAGAUGAUGAUGACGAUGAUGAUGAUGAUGGUGGUAAUAGUGUGGUCAAAAUGAAUAAACGUCUAUUCAUUGAAAGCACAGAAAUUGAACAUGUAUUGAACACAUCUUUGGUGCACAUUGGACGUAAAUUGCAUCAACAGCUGAAUGUGGCAAGAAAUCUAAGAGAUCAGGGCAAUCGCUAUGAACUACCGCUUGCCACUCAGCGUAUUGAUGAGAUAAUGGAGGAACAUCAGAAGCAAAGUGAACUCUAUGUGAACAUCAAAAGCGAAUAUGAAGUGCAACUACAAAAUAAGGCCAACAACUCUAGCCUAAGGUCCGAGCAUGAUCCUCAUGGCAAUGGGAGUGGCAUGGGCGGUGGUCAAUUGGCGCCACGAUAAUGAUAUCCAGGAAGGUUAUCAAUGAAGGGUUUCAGUGAUGUGAUAAAAAAAAACAAAACAAAACAAAACAAAAAUCUUGUGGCAGCAGCAAAACUCAAGCUCAAAAAGUUCCACUCUGAUGGCAAGCAAAUAGUUACUAUUACUAAAUAUAAUAUAUAUACACACAUACACACACACACAGACAAACACCACACACCAUAUAUGCGUAGUUGUAUAUAAUAAUUAUGAUAAAAAGUGACCUAGAAAUCGGAGGAAAGCGAAAAAAAGCUGCGUAGCAUGAGCAACUAAAAACAAAAACAAUUUUUAAAACUAACUAAACUAUGAGUGAGUAUGAAAAAAUGUACUUUAUGCUGUUUGUUCAAGAUUUAUUUUCGUUGUUUUAAUGUUUUAUGAUGAUAGCGAAAAUAUACAUCUAUAGAAAAGUAAGAUAUACUAUAUAUACACACACACACACAAAAACACAGAUAAGUAUAUGUAUA